AUGGUCGAACACCAUUACAUUGGGCUUCUCAACUAUAGAGAUAAGGAUGGUCGAACACCACUACACUGGGCUUCUCAGAGCGGUCGCAAGGUAAUAGCAAAGAUACUGCUUGAUAUAGGAGCUAAUCCAGGACCUAAAGAUGAUGGCGGUUGGACACCGCUACAUUUGGCAGCUCGGUAUAAGCAAGAGGAAAUAGUAAAGAUACUACUUGAGAAGGGUGCUACUCCGAGACUUUGGGGUAGGUAUGGUCGGUCAUUGCUACAUUGGGCUGUUUAUGAAGGUUAUGAGGCAAUAGUAAAACUACUGCUCGACAAAGGCGCGGAUCCGGGCCCUAAAGAUGAGAGCGGUCAGACACCGUUACACUGGGCUUCCUGGUCCAAGAAUGAAACAAUAAUGGAGCUACUUCUUGAGAAUGACGCUGACCCAAGCCCAAAAGAUGAUAAUGGUCUGACAGCACUACAUUUGGCUGCUCAGCACGGACAUGAGACAGCAGUCAAAUUACUACUUGAUAAAGGCGCCGAUCCAGACUGUGGAGAUAAGGAUGGUCGAACACCACUACACUGGGCUUCUCAGUACGGGCAUGAGGAAGUAGUAAAAUUACUGAAUAUAACAGCAUCCUGA